AUGUUGCGUUCCUUUAAAAAGCCUGUUGCAGGUUUGUCCCUGGAUCCAAAACCUGAACAUUCCCCAGGAAAGCUUGAGGAAAAAAUCUUCUACUGUAAGCUGUGCUGCUUGGAGAGCACUCGCGCUCGAGCUCAUACCUUCUUCACAUUUGAAGAAGGAUUAAAACAUAUUCGUAACCACUGGAAACCUCCUAAGCAACAGCGAGGGCCUCCAAUUCGCAGAAACAAAGUCCCACCGGAGUUAUAUUACAAGCAACAUGCUGUGAAUGUGGAGGAGGAUAUAACGUUGUUAGCGAAGCUUUAUCUGGGAUUUAAGGUACAGGAGAGAAACCCGUACAGGUGCGGUCUGUGUGGGGAGGUGUUUCCUACCACCAGUAACAGGUAUCACCAUGUUGAAGCGGAACACGUGGAAGUUUGCGUUCCGCUCUUGUGUUGCGGCGCCGCGUUCCAGAACCGAGACAAGUACAUCCAGCACAUGUUCUUUAAACACUGCGAACUGAGGAUCCAGACUGGAAAGGAGAGCCUACUCAUAUGCAAACUGUGCUUCGUCGCUUUCUAUAACAGGACGGACUUAGAGUGGCACUAUUAUCGACACAACCAGCACGUGGAUAACCCUUCAUUAGACAAUGGGGACGGACGCUUCCCUACCCGGUCGCAGUUCUUCCGUUGUACUCUCUGCUCCGACCAGUGCGUCCUGUCCAGACGCAAACCUCCAGUACUGUACACCCUAUCCGAGUCGUUCAGCCAUCUUGGUUGGCACUGGCUGCACCAGAUCCCACCCGAGAUCCGGCAGAACCCCGUCCUGAUGUUCGAGGAUGACGCUGACAUCAUCCACAAGCUGUACAUGGAUCCGGUGGGGAUGCAAGCGUGGCAAUGCGGAAUCUGCCCGCUACAGCUCAACAAAGAACACGUCCUAAACUACCACUCCGAGGGACGGAGGGUGUUUAGGUGUGAAGGGUUGACCUGUAAAAACACGUUACAGUUUGCCAAGCUGGAAGACUUUGUCGGACACAUCUUCAUGCGACACACAGAGGUACUGAAGCUAGAGGAGAUGUUUCUUUGCCUGAUCUGUAACCGUAAGUUUGAGAACAGGAACCGGAUGAAAUGGCAUUGUUACAUCCACAAUGUGGCCAGACAGGUGGCCUCAUAG